UCUGGAGUUUCCUUUAGCCACCCAAAUCCAAUCUAAGCUUUUGAUGAGUUGAGUUGUGAGGGCUGACUGGCUGAGCAGCUGGUGUCGGUCAUCCAUCGGUGAAGCAUCAGCCAUUGCUGAAGGCCGAAGAAGCUGGCAACACAGGCACGGCCCAGCCCCGAGGGAGCUGCACUUGAGGGUGCACCUCCAACCCCAAUUCCCAUUCAACAUCCAGUCGUGAUGCAUUGACAACCUCAGCCAUCUCGAAGGCGGGCCCUCAGUUGUGUCAGUUACCAAUUCGAUCGAAGAACCGCCCCACGCACUCUCAACCAAAUGACCACCAGCCUAACGUCCUACCUGAAACUGAACCCUCGAAUCCCUGCUUCACUCUUUGUAAUUGCGGGAGGGAAGAAGGCAAUGGUCAGCACCAGCAAAGCCCCAGAUUCUUACACAGCUAUCCGGGAGAGGUUCACCUUAGAACGGGAGAUAAAAAAGAGCAAAUUUAUUGCCAUCGCAGGCCCCAUCUCCGACGAGCAAUCCGCCCAUUCUUUUCUCGCUGAGGUCCGAGAUCCCCGAGCGACUCACAAUUGUUGGGCUUAUAAGCUUGGAGAUCAAUAUCGGUGUAAUGAUGACGGUGAACCAUCGGGUACGGCUGGUAAACCGAUAUAUUCUGCAAUUGUUUCCUCAGGGAUUGAUAGGGUGAUGGUAGUUGUCAUCAGGCAUUUUGGAGGUAUCAAGUUAGGAACUGGAGGAUUGGUCAGGGCUUAUGGAGGUGUCACCGCAGAAUGCUUAAAAAAUGCUGCAACAUGUCUAGUGAAACCUAAAGUUUUAAUUGGUCUAGAGGUGCCUUUUGAACUGUUGGGGGUUGUAUACCAUCAGCUACAGUCUUUUCAAGUUGAGGAUAUCAGUCAGGACUAUGACACUGGUAAAGAAGGUAUCACGGUUGUAACUUUCAGAGUUGAUUAUGACAAGCUCGAGAACUUGGAAAAUGCAGUCAAAUCCAAUUGCAGUAGACAAAUCGAAUUUUUCAAACACUAAAGCAUAUUUAAAUUUGUUCAUCUUCAGUGGUUUAUAGUCUUCCCUUUAUUGGGUUGUGGAAGUGGUUAAACAGUUUUUAAAAAGAAGGAAUCAUGUUAGGGUUGGUUCUGUUCUCUUUUUCCCAGAUCUCUCGUACUACCUAACCUAAUGGGACUAAUUUUGUUGUUGCCUUGUUGGUUUCUUUGCUUGCUGGGUUGUAUGAUGAGGCUUCAAUCAAUUACAAGUUGAGGAUUGAACUUUGAAGCUUGGCCUCUGUUACAGCUAAAUAUUCACCCAAAACUUGGUACUUAUGGUGAAUAUUGUACAUACACUCGUUGAUAUGUAUGUAUUUAACCGAUUAUUUGCAAGUUUGUCCGAUAAUGAUAAGUGUUCUGUAACAAUUAUGGAUCAUUCAGUUCGUGAGCCACUUCUUGGAUGUAUGCUACUCCAUAUAAAACACAUAUUAGGGAACCAAUAUGAUAUUCUAAACUCUUGAUGCAUUAGCACC